AUGUUGGAUUCAGUUGACGAUCAAAGAUUUAAAAAGAUAAUUACCCACUAUAACGAGACAGUUGGAGAUAGUAAUGACUAUCGAAUUGCUCUGGUAAAUUUUCUAACCGAUACAAUGUUUAGUUGUCCAAAUAGAUUCUUUGUUAGAAAUCAAAAAAGAUUUAACGUCACCUCAUAUUUUUAUAAGUAUUCACACAUCAACUCUGCCAAUAUUUAUGAUGAUAUAAAACCUUUUUGUUCAAAUAGUCAUUGUCAUGGUGAUGAAAUUCCCUACGUUUUCAACUCUUUCAAAGAGAUUGGUUACCCAGCUACCGAAGAAGAAGAGAAAAUCAGUCAUAUGAUGUCAAACUAUUGGACCAAUUUCAUUAUGACUGGUGAUCCCAACAUUGGAUACCACGUUCCUGUUAGAUGGCCAACAUAUGAACCAUCACUCACAGCUGAUAAUUGCCUAAACAUUAACUCCAAUGCAAAACCCUACAACUUUGAUAAGGAAUUUCAAAUUUGUGACGUCUUUGAUGAAUUUGGUUAUGAAUCUUUUAAAUAA